GGCUGCACGAGUGGGGAGCUCGCGCGCCGCACAGGGCUUUCUCCCGCGUUGCGGUUGCUCGGGAGAUGCUGGAGCGCAGCGCUGGGCUGCUCCACCUGGCGCGCUGAGCCAGGCGCUGGGGGCCCCCAAGGGCGGGCUGCUUUGCGGGAGGGGGAAGCGGACUGCGGUAGAAUGCCAGACGGGCUCCUCCGGCGCUGCGAGACAUCGCUCCAGCGCGGUCAGGUGCUGGAAGCCAGCCGCUCGCCGCUCCACUAACUUGCCACUUGGUAGUGUCUGGUCUCUACGCUUUCCGGUGGUGGGGGGCGGGGGGAGUGGGGAGUUAGAGGGUCUGCGGUAGCCGAAAGAGGGAUCCUGCAAGGGGAAGCCUGCCUGCUGCCGCUCUUCUCCCCCUCCCCAUCACUCCCCUCCCCCCAACCCCAUCGCUGCCGCUUUCCCUUCCGCCAAUUCGGAGAGCGACGGGCGCCUGUGACAUGCGAUCGCUGCCAAGUGACGGUCCCUGAGUGUGAAGUGCCCGCAAGGAAGUGAGCUCCAAAGCGGGCCGCCGGCGAUGACAGCCAUGAAGCAGGAGCAGCAGCCCACCCCGGGGGCGAGGACAAGCCAGGCGCAGCCGGUGGACCAGGAACUGGGAAGUAACAGCCCUCCACAGAGAAACUGGAAGGGAAUUGCUAUUGCCCUGCUGGUGAUUUUAGUUGUAUGCUCACUCAUCACUAUGUCAGUCAUCCUCUUAACCCCAGAUGAACUCACGAAUUCAUCAGAAACCAGGCUGUCUUUAGAAGAUCUGUUCAGGAAAGACUUUGUGCUUCACAAUCCUGAGGCUCGAUGGAUCAAUGGUAUGUAGAGACUUUUUAUAUAUUAUGUUGCUUUUAAUCCUUUAUAAUUUAAAUUAGAAGUGAUAUUUGUAGGUGAUAUUUCAGUAGAUGCUAUUCUUUGAACUAUAAUUAUAUGUAUCAUUUAACAAGAAAUCAGAAUGUUGCCUCAUAUGAGAGACAGUCAAUUCCUAAAAUAAUGCAUCAAUACAACUAUCUUCCAGACAUUGUUAAUUAUGCAGUAGCUGCUGUUUUUUUUUCCCCUGGCCUGGCACAGAAACCAUUUCAACUUUCCUUAAAUUAAUUUCUUAGAUGAAAAUUGAAAUGGGAAACCACUGAGUAGCUCCCUGGAUUCUGGUUUGUCAUUAUGGACGGUAAUACAAGGAGCUAUUGUUGAACUAAUUAUGAGAAAUGUGUUGGUGAAAAGGAAGUCACAGGCUUUCAUUUUUGUGAAUAUUCCAAUUUCACUGAUAUUACUAAUCAUCAGGGUUGGAUAGUUGUUAAUAUCUGCCCUUCACUUUAUUUAUAGGUAAUGUACUUGCUUGUAUCUAAAGCAUAGAUGUAAUUAUUUUUAUAAUACAUAAAAAGCUUUGCCUUUUAAUCUAAUACAUAUUAUCUCAUUUAUAAGUCCAUUUCUUCUUCUCCAAUAUUCUAAUUAAGCGAAUUUAUGCCUGCAAAUUAGACUUUAAUUUAUGGAAGCUAUAAAAAGAAUGCAAUUUAAUUCAUAAGGGCAAGGACCAAAUUAUACUUGUUUACCUGGCACUGGUAUAGAUCGGGGAGAUCCACAGGCAUUAAAGAUUUAUUUUUUAAAAUAAAACAGAUGAAUAUUUUAAAUUGAAACCCACUAUCAUUUUUCCCCAAAUUCAAAUUUCUGUUGAAGUUUGUUACAAGGUAAUUAUGUAUCAUGGUGGCAGUGUUACAGAUAUAGAACAUAAUCCAGCAUUUUUCUUAAUAAUAAUAUUAUUACCAAAUAUGGCCCUCCCACAGAAAUUUCAGAAGUCAUCUCACAAUGUGUGGUUGUAAUUAUGUGAAUCAUCAAUUCACUUACUAGUUAAUAUUUUCUCUUAAUGGAGACGAUGAAAAAGGAAGUUGUCAGAAUUUUCAAGAAUACUGGUAGUUGUAGGUUGGUGUUGGGUUGCUCUGCAUGAUGAAUAUCAGUGCUGUUUUUUUUCCUCUGGUCUAUUUCUUUAAAAAAAAAAAGAAUACUGGUAGUGUUGUGUUAUGUUUGAAAUGCUGAAUAAUUUCCUAUUUGAUUGAAAAUGACUUUGGACAAAUUACGGAAAUCUGUGCAGUCUUUGGCUUAGGAAAGUAACAAAGGAAUCUUGACCCCCAUCUCCUUCUCAGGUUAGCUUGGACUACUUAAAGAUGCAGUUACUCCUGUGUGAAACUGACACUUUUAUAUUGAAGUUCCUAAGGAAUGAACAGAUAUUCAAGCAGUGAAGUGCAUGCUAAAUUAAACCACAUUUUAAUAUCUAGGACACAGAUUCUACUUUUAUACUUCAUAAGAUAUCAGAAUGAUGUAUUUGGACUUAAUCAUUUUAAUCACUUUUUUAGUAAUUUCUUUACCAAGCAUUGGUAACCUUGAUCUUGAGAAGGCAGACUUGAGCAAAGCUGCAGUGUUACUGGAACAUUUUAAGUAAUACAUAAGACACAUAAUAUUGAUAAAAAAAUUGAUAUAAAACAACCUUUAAACAGAAUCUGUAUUAAACAGAAUGUUGGCUCUGAGAGCAAGGCAGUCUUUAUAAA